AAGCAGUCAACGUCAUUUUUCAAGCAGAAAAAUAUAUAUUAUAUAUGAUGCAGUAUUACAAUGUAAUUUUUUAAGUCAUUGCAUACCGAAGAUUUCCAGAAUGGUGAUUUUAGAAGAUAGGCCAGAAAAUGCUCCAAGCAUUUGUGGAGAAAGGUGGUAUUUGUUGGCUAUAAUCGGAGCUUGCUUUUUUGCGUAUAUGUACAUAUCAACUGGAUUUGUAAUUGUCAACGAUGUUGUUGCGGAAUAUUUCGACAGAAGCGCAGAAGAAACUGACUUGCUGGGGACGUUGGGUUGUCUGACAGCAUUUGUAGCAUGUUUUCUUGUUCUUUGUAUUGGCCAAAAGACGAGUUUGAGGUGUAUAUCUAUUGUGGCCGGCACAUGUCUGUUCAUUGGAUCUUCUUGUGCAACAAUAGGAUUCCUGGGCAAACGAACCUACUGGAUGGUAAUUCUUGGAGUAGCAUCAUCUGGAAUUUCAUUUGGAUUAUUACUUCUUCUUCCGCUGCUAUUAUUCAACAAGCUAUUUGAUGCUAUGUACAGUCCAGUUAUUUUUUCAAUACCGUUCGGAUGCCUAUAUGUCGGGGGAAUAAUUUCAGAAAGCGCUUUCCAAUAUUUAAUACGUAAUUGCACGAUGUGCUAUGAAAGUGAUCCUGGAUUCUGGACCGCGGAAUCCAUCCGGCAAGCAUUUGUUAGAGGCUUCGGUGUCAUAUCUUUACUUGCAUUUGGGGCCGCCGUUUUACUUUGUCUGAAUACCAGAUUAAUAAAAUCGAAGGGAAACGAGGAAAAUGACGAUAAAGAUGACGCUUCCUCCGAAGAGCAGGAGUCUACCGAUUCAAAGUAUUAUAUCGAAUGGCUCAGAGAUGACAUGCGAGACAUUUGUCGAAGGGAUUUUGUCCUAAUCUGUUUGGCUAACUUUAUGGGAACACCUAUACAAAUUUAUACUCUGCUAAGAGUACCAGGAAUGCUCUGGAAGAAUUUUCCCAAUGUCGGAGUAAGUGUGAUCACAUAUACGCAUAUAUUAACUAUGAUAUCAGGUUUUGCUGGAUCAGUUACAGUUGCGAUCGUUUUGCUUCGAUUCCGAGCGUUGAAGGAAAUAGCAUUACUUGCAUCCUCUGCUGCUGCGGUAAGUUGUGCCGGCAUCUACUUAGGUUACAUUUUAAAGAUUUAUGCCGUACUGAUUCCUUUCCAAAUUAUAAUUUCAUUUUCGUGGAUGUUUUGUAUGAUAACAUUACUGGAAAUUCUAUCAACUCUAGAGGGUAAUGCGAAUAAGAUAACAUCCGUGGCGUUCUAUUUCGCGAUCUACAAUGCUGGCCUCUUUGGGUUUGAUCUAUGGGAAAGAUAUUGCGCCAUCAACUAUUACGGUCAAAAUAUUUUCGAGUUAUCAAUGCUUGUGACUGGUUUAUGUACACCCGUUUUGUUGUCCUUAUUGGGAUCGGGCUGUUGCAACAAAGGGCCAACAGCUUCUAAUCUAUUAGCUGGCGAAACGCACGUGACAACGGAGAGGAGUCGACUGAUCAAUCGAAGUAAAACAACUGACUGAAGGUUUACGGAAGCUUUCUGGUGCUUGUCUUCUUUUACUGACAAUUGAUGAAAAUAAGUGAAUGCCUAAUUUUGGAAAUAUAUAUAUCAUCUGAAAACUCGAAUAUAUUUCAAUUGGAUUCAUAUACGUCAACAACAAGGUCUGCGAAAUUGGGAUCUAGGAGCUGGUAAAUGAAUGUAUCAUCUGCAUACCUAUUUUCUUCCUCCCACAAGAUUGCUGCUGCGUCAGCGUAUUUUGAAUGUUUAACGUAUGUUAUCGAAUUUUACAUUUAUCAUGUUUAUUUUUCUAGGAAGAAAUUAAACUAUAUAU